CAGACAUCUUAAUAGCUGUUGCCAUGGUGAUGACCUGAGAUGGAGCUAUUUUGAGAGUUAAUUUGCUGGCCUUUCGUUAGAAUGUUGGGGAAUUCUGAGAGGACUCGUAUGAACGUGUAUCGUGUAAACACAGCAGAUCGUUGCUACCGCCAAUAACUACAUGUCAGCACCUGUGAUCUACACACCUCAUCCUUCUCCUCCUGGGCAGAUGUGCCAGAUACAAACUGGAUGAGCUUGUUUCCCUCCCUGAGCACAGUUCCUGUUUUACCUUACCACCGGUGAAUGGUCACGACUGAGCAAAGAUGCAGAUUUUUGUGAAAACGCUGACGGGUAAAACCAUCACCCUCGAGGUGGAGCCCAGUGACACUAUCGACAAUGUGAAAGCCAAAAUCCAAGACAAGGAAGGUAUCCCCCCGGAUCAGCAACGUCUCAUCUUUGCUGGAAAGCAGCUGGAGGAUGGACGCACCCUGUCAGACUACAACAUCCAGAAGGAGUCCACCCUCCACCUUGUCCUGCGUCUGAGAGGGGGCAUCAUCGAGCCCUCUAUGAGACAGCUGGCUCAGAAGUACAACUGUGACAAGAUGAUCUGCCGCAAGUGCUACGCUCGUUUACAUCCACGUGCCGUCAACUGCCGCAAGAGGAAGUGCGGACACACCAACCACAUCAGACCCAAGAAGAAGCUGAAGUAGACAGCUGGAAUCAAUAAUAUCAAUAAAACAUUUGAUUGAUUGAUUGA